AGAUCAGACCAGGCUGGUGAGAGAACUGUGUGUAAUAGUCUGUUUUAUCACGUGCAAACGUUAUGUGAUUUGUAUGUGUGUGCGCGCGCUUAGGUGUAUCUUGUGUUUUAUAUGCACAUUGUCUAUGUUUCUUCCAGCCCCUAUAAACACAUGAUGCUGGAGAACCCACUGUCCUCCAUACUGUAGUGUCCCUGCUCAAACACACCUGAUCAUCUCAUUAUGCUUCCUUCCUAAGUUGAAGUGUCUGGGUGUGUCAGUGUGUGUGUGUGUGUGUGUGUGUGUUAGAACAGGGAAAAACAAACAUUACAAUGCACAAAUCAGGAGCAGAAUUGGGAACAUGUGCAUAACUUAGAUAUGAUAUAAUGAUUGUCUUUUUUCUUAAAACCAGAGCUAUUUUAGUCCCAUAAUAACUGACCUGUGAAUUCCUAUAACACCUCAUUUAAGCCUUCAGAAGUUCCUACAUGUGGGCGGUGUCACUGUACCUUCUUUUAUCUUUAACAGAUUUGCUCUAAAUCUCCGCUGGCCCAGUUUCUGUUGUGUGCUGUUUUAUUAGCACAUUGUACAGUCGUGUUUCAGAACUUUCACUGGACACGAUGCCAGGCAGAAGAGUGGUGGUGUUUGUCUCAGCAGCCGAGCUCGGCCCGGCUCUGGCCCAUCUCAUAGUGUCUCGGGCUGAGAAGACCCUCAGUAGCAGUGCUGACUCUUUUUCCCUUGGUCUCUCUGGAGGAAGUCUGGUGUCCAUCCUGAGUAAGGAGCUGCCUGCGUUCUCGAACCUGGAUUGCAGCCGGUGGCUAGUGGGCUUCUGCGAUGAGCGCCUUGUUCCUUUCGAUGAUCCCGAGAGCACUUAUGGACUUUACAAGAACCAGUUGUUUUCCAAACUAAACAUUCCAGACGACAGGGUUUUGGCGGUCGACCCGUCAUUACCGGUGCAGCAGUGUGCGGAGGAUUACGCCUGCAAGUUGAGUAAGGCGUUCGACACUGACCAGACUCCGGUGUUUGAUAUGCUAUUGCUUGGCAUGGGACCUGACGGACACACAUGUUCUCUCUUCCCAGAUCACCCGUUACUACAGGAAAAGCAGAAGACUGUAGCUCCAAUCAGCGACUCUCCUAAACCGCCACCUCAGAGGGUCACCCUCACACUGCCCGUGGUGAAUGCGGCCCGCUGCGUGGUGUUCGUGUCCACAGGAGGCAGCAAAGCCCCCGUGCUAAAGCAAGUCCUGGAAGGUGGAGACGGCCCGGUCCUUCCUGCAGCCCUUGUUGCUCCGACCAACGGCGAGCUCUUCUGGCUGGUGGAUGACCCAGCAGCUGCUUCUUUAACACUGGACGUGGAGCGACCAGGACCUGGUGCUAAACUCUGAACUUAAAUCAGGAACUGUUUUUCUGGUUAACCGAUUGUCCAGCUUUAUUAUAUUGAUUAAGUACGUGAUUUAACAAGUGGAAAUAUUCUGCAUUAGUUAAUGGCAAUGAAACAAUGGAAAACUGUAAAGUCCUUGUCUUAUAUUAAAAAUAAUGUUUGAAUUAA